CUUGUUCCAAGGCCUGCACGGGGAUCAUCAACUUCCAGAUUCCUGAAUCCAUGCGUGAUCUUUGUCAUUGUCGUUGCAUCCGUGGUGAUCCUGGCAGGGAUUGUAGCUCUACUUAUCUACUUUUUAGCAUUUGCUCAAAAAUCUUGCUUUUAUCAAAGCAGCUUUCAAAUUCUAAAUGUUCAAUACAGCAAUCAGUUAAAUUCACCAGCUACACAGGAAUACAGGUCUUUGAGUGAAAGAAUUGAAACCAUGAUUGCUCAAACAUUCCAAGGAUCAAGCUUAAAAAAUCAGUUCAUUCGAGCUCAUGUUGUCAAACUGAGGCAGGAUGGCAAUAACGUGAUAGCAGAUGUUGUCAUGAAAUUCCGAUUCACUAGAAACAACAAUGGUGAUACAAUGAAAAAGAAGGUUCAGGCUAUUUUACAGCAAAUGCUGAAUAACUCUGGAAGCUUGGAAAUAAACCCUUCAUCUGGGGUAACAGAGAUUACUGACCAGGAUACAGAAAAUAUUUUCACCCAACAAUGUGGGGCCCGGCCGGACCUAAUAACGUUGUCUGAGGAGAGAAUCAUUGGAGGCUCCCAAGCUGAUGAGGGAGACUGGCCCUGGCAAGUCAGUCUACAGCUCAACAACGCUCACCAUUGUGGAGGCGUCCUGAUUAGUAGCACGUGGGUCCUGACAGCAGCUCACUGCUUCCGGAGCAACUCUGACCCUCGCCAGUGGUCUGCAACCUUUGGUAUUUCCACAGCAGCUCCUACACAGAGAAGAAAUGUAAGGGCAAUUAUAGUCCAUGGCAAUUACAAACAUGCAAGCCAUGAAAAUGAUAUUGCAGCUGUGCAACUUAGUGGAGCUGUCACAUUCACCAGAAACAUCCACAGUGUGUGUCUCCCAGAGGCCACUCAGAGCAUUGUCACGGGUUCUUCUGCUUAUAUAACAGGAUGGGGGUCUCAAGAAUAUGGUGGAGACACUGUUACCUAUCUACAACAAGGAAGGGUCACCAUCAUAAGUAACGAUGUGUGUAAUGCACCAACAAUGUACAAUGGAGCUGUCUUGUCUGGAAUGAUGUGCGCAGGAUUAUCUCAAGGAGGAGUGGAUGCAUGCCAGGGUGACUCUGGCGGCCCACUGGUGCAGGAAGACUCCCGGCGGCUUUGGUUCCUGGUGGGGAUAGUAAGCUGGGGUUAUGAGUGUGGCUUGCCUGACAAACCAGGAGUAUACACGCGCGUGACAGCCUACCGAGACUGGAUUAGAGAGCAAACUGGGGUGUAG